UACAGAAAAAGUGGUGUGAUAGAAAUAUUGUUAGUACACGCAAAGAUAUAACUAAAUAAUAACAAUCUGCAAGGCAAAAAGGUAUUCUCUAUUAUAUUAAUUAAGGGUGAAAGAAAAGUAUGUUCAAAGAUUUUCCGAUUUGAUAUUAUUAAAAAUAUAAAUAACGAUCGUAAUAGCUCAGUCCGCCAUUAGUGAAGAGUCGCCAUGAUUUGCCUUUUGUAACACCAAUACAGUAACGUGAUAGAAGCAUCUGGAUGAUCAGUUGCAACUUGAUAAAGACGAGUGCACAUUCUAUGGAUAUUUCGAUUUAAACGCAUAGUACAGUUCGCUUGCUUUCAAGAACACGUAACUCGUUGUUUCUUCAGAAACAUGGCUGAAUAUCGUUUCGAUGGUGUGGUGAAAUUGUGUGUACAGAAUUAUUAAAACGACAUCCUGGUCUUAGAUACGUUCACACAUUAAUAAAAUGACGUCGAUACAUUUUGUUGCACAUCCGUUACCUGGAACAGAUGAUCAGCUAAAUGAUAGAUUGAAGGAAGUGGCAGAAAAAAUCAACAGAUAUGGAUUUGUGACAUUACCAGCAUUUAGUGGGUUGAAGGUUGCAGUAAAGCAUAUUGUGGUUGGUCCAACACAUAUUGCCCUCCUUACAGAAGACCAUAAAAUUUGUAGAGUUGCAUUUACAGUAUUGUCUGAUAGAUUGGAUUUAAGUAAAAAUGAACCAAAUAGAAACACAAGUAAAAACCAUGUUGGCAAUGCUAGUUCAGCACCAAAUGGUGGUACAAGCAGUGGAAGUGGAAGCAGAACAGGAAUGUCUAGGUCACGUGCAAGAAUUGGGCGUGGCAGUUCUGCAAUUCGUGGAGGUGGAGGUAGCGGAGGAAGCAGCAGUGGAGGCAGGAUAGGUCUAGGUGUAAUUACAAGUGGUGGAAGCGGUAACAGUUCACGUCCUAUUGCAUCUGUACCUGCUCCAUUUGUACCAGAAGAUCUUAUUACACAGGCUCAAGUGGUAUUGCAAGGGAAAAGUCGCAAUCUUAUUAUUAGAGAAUUACAGCGUACAAAUUUAGAUGUAAACUUAGCAGUAAAUAAUUUACUGUCACGAGAUGAUGAAGAAGGAGAUGAUGCUGAAGAUGCAGCGGAUACCUAUGUUCCAGAAGAUCUCAUUUCAUUAUUAGAUGGUGGAUUUAACAAUGAACAUUCUGUUAUAAUUGAUACAGAUUCUAUGUUUCCAGAAGAUAUGUUUGGAUAUACAGGAAUGAGAAAUCGGGGUAGUUCUUCGCGCAGAAUAGGUAAUGACAGAGAAGGUGAACGUACUUCUGAACGAGACAGAGAUCGAGACAAUUUUAGUAAAUGGAGAGAUCGUCAGUAUUGUGGUCCAAGACGUUGGUUGGAAUCAGCACUUAAAGAUUCCUGGGACAAAGAUUCUGAUAAUAAAAAGAAAGAGUUAGCUUCUCAAAGUCCAUUAUGGAUAUCGGAAGAAUCGCUUUAUAGUGAACUAAUAGCUGUUUCUGCUGGAGGACAGUUAUAUCAAUGGAAAUGGUCAGAAUCUGAACCAUACAAACAUCCAGAGAAUCCAAAUAUACAUCAUCCAAAAGCUCCAUGGUUGGCAGUAACAACAGAAAAGAUAGUUAACAUAUCUGCAACAGCUAUUCGAUGUUCCAUUAGUACUGAAUCUGGAAAAGUAGCAACUUGGCUUGAUGAACUACUAGGGCAUGUUGCUUCUCGUCUUGAACAUCCAGCUCAAACUUUCACAGAAUUUACUUUAGAUAAGAUAGUAUCUCUACAUACCUGUGCUUUAUAUACUGUUGCUAAACUUGAAAGUGGUGCAUUGUACUGGUGGGGAGUAUUACCUUUUGCACAACGUAAAAAAUUAUGGGAAAAAUAUAAGGCUAAAUCACGUAAACACAGAUCCUCUACAGUAUCAUCAAAUGAUAUUAGUUAUGGUGCACAUGUUUGUAUGAAAAAUAGUCCUAUAUAUCAUCCUGGCGCAAUAGGAUUUACAAUUGCUAAUGGAGUUCCAAAAGUAGGACAAUUAUUAGGAGCAGCUUGGAAUUUAGAUAGUAAUUACAGAUUUAAAAUAUUACCAGCUGGAACUCAUUUGCCCAAUGUCAAUGCUGAAAAAAGGGAAUCAAAUGGAAAUAGCGGAACGGGUAACAUUAAUAAGACAAAUCACAAAGAAACUGCUGAUCGACUUGAUAUGCCUCCGCCACCCUCGCCAGCUUCGAGUACAUGUAGCGACACUGGCAGUAUAACCACAAGUCAUAAGAGGCAAAAGCGUGUUGCACCACGAAAUGAGGGAGAAUCAGAACGAAAAGAUGAAGAAGAAUGGCAGUUAAAAGAUGUUGUUUUUGUUGAAGAUGUAAAAACAGUUCCCAUUGGUAAGGUUAUAAAAGUUGAUGGUUGUUAUGUUGCUGUAAAAUUCUUCUCAAAAGAUUCAAAAGAAAAAGAAAUUAAAGAAAAAGAUUUUAGUACAUCAGAUUUUAAAGAUUUAACAACUGAAGAGUUGAUUAAAUUAUUAGCUGACUGCAGAUUAUUACGUAAAGAUGAGAUACAGGUAAUAAAAUCAUCUAUGAAUCCAAGAGCUCCAGAUUGUUUUCAACGAACUCCUAGACGGGUGAAUAUUGUCGAAGGGUCAAAUGAUAGUAUUUUGAGCAUUGCCACUGAUGGACAAGGAAUUCAUGCAAUAGUAAAAAGUGGGAACAAAUUAAGUUAUGUUGUUUAUAAUUUAAGUACCGGGAGAUAUGUACAAGAUUGUUAUAUUCCAUCAGAUGUGUCAUCAUUUCUGGGUCUACAGCCUCAAAAUAUUAGCUUGACAAGCUCAGGAGAAAAUAUCGAGUGUUCUAUGAUACUUAGAGAUGGGAAUAAUACAAUUUAUCCAUUGGCAAAAGAUUGUGCUGAUGCUAUCCGUGAUCCAAAUUGGUUAGAUUUAGUUCCCGUUCUAUGCAUUGGUGCUUCAACCAUUCCCAUACCAACUUGUUCAAAUUCAACCAAUAUGAAAAAUCAAGUUGCAGUUAUUGCACUAGCAUUUGAUAAUCUUUUGUUAAUGCCGCGUAUAUUAAGAUGCGACUAUGAGAGUAUUAAGCAAAUAUUUUGUAAUUUGGAACAAGAUCACAAAAACAAUGGAGCACAGAUUCAAUCAAUAUUGAUGGAACGUUGUGAUGGUAAUCGUAAUAUUUUGCAUGCUUGUAUAAGCAUGUGCUUACCAACUUCAAAUAAAGAAAAUGAUCAAGGUAUUGAACGUGAAUUAGUUUCAAAUACUGUUGAUGGACCAUCUGCACCUAUUGAAGAACCAAUUCCAACUUUAAGUUGGCCACCUGAAGCAUUUGAUAACACAUCGGGUGAAGAAGAUAGUUUACUUAGUAUUGGUGCUGCUAGUAUAUCCAUGAUGAACAAAUCAGGUAUUGGUGCAACAUCGAAUAAUACUUACAUCAUAGACUCUGUUGAAAGAAGGAAUAAUGCAUUACUUAUAUUAAAGUAUAUGUGUGAAAGUAGCGUGUUAGCGCCUCACUUAAAGGAGCUACUCACAGCAAAGGAUAUUCAGGGUCAGACACCAUUAAUGCUUGCUGUAUCAGUUCGGGCAUAUCACGCAGCUCUUAUUUUACUAGAUAUUAUUCAAAGAGUUGGACGAGAUCAGAAAGAAUGUUCGACUAUGAUACUUCCUGCAGAUGCUAAUCCAGAUUUAUCACCAUUAUUUGUCACUUGCUGUAAUGAUACUUGUAGUUUUACGUGGACUGGAACUCAACACAUCAAUCAAGAUAUUUUUGAAUGCAAAACUUGUGGUUUGAUCGAAUCUUUAUGCUGUUGCACUGAAUGUGCUCGCGUUUGCCAUAGAGGACAUGAUUGUAGAAUAAAAAUAACUUCUCCCACAGCUUAUUGUGAUUGUUGGGAGAAGUGUAAAUGUCGCGCGCUCAUUGCAGGUCAUCAAGGUGCUCGUUACGAACUUCUUUGUCGUCUUGUAGUGAACACUGAUCUUGUCACAAAGAUAAACUCACGAGGAGAAAGUAUUUUAUUAUUCUUAGUUCAGACCAUAGGGAGACAAUUGAUAGAACAACGACAGUACCGUUCUGCUCUACGACAACGAUCAACAUCUGCAAGUCGUAAAGGACCUUCAACUGAGGGAUUAGAUACUUAUGUACCAGAUAUGCCAGAUCAUGAUUUAGAACCUCCUCGUUUUAAUCGAAAAGCUUUGGAAAGAUUAUUGAAUGAUUGGCCAGCAGUUCAGUGCAUGAUCAUGUCAGGAGUUUCUGUAAAUGGAAAUGAUCAGUUAUUCGGGGAUCAAGGACAAUUGGGUCGUCAAAGUGGCACUGCUCUACUUGACAAAUUUACGCAUUCACUGUUAUUUAAGUGUGGCCCAGAGAUGCUGGAUACUCUUCUUACGACUCUGAUACGAGAAUUACAAAAUGAUACUAUAUCCGGACGACAGGAAGAAGCGAAUAAUGUUGCGCGUCGAUUUGUUCGAUCUGUAGCCCGAAUAUUUGUGAUUUUUACAAUAGAAAUGGCACCAAAUACAACAAAACGAAGAAGCACCAGCCAAGCAUCGCAGCCUUUGAUGAGAUGUCGUCAAGUUUUUCAAGCGCUAAUUAAAUUAGCUGUCGAAGAAUUAUGUGAGACGGCCGAUUCACUAAUAGCACCCGUAAGAUUAGGUGUUGCUCGUCCAACGGCACCGUUUACAUUAACUAGCUCAGCAGUCGAAGUAAUCAAUGGUUCAGAAGAAUUGUUUUCUAUAGAACCAUUAAUUCCUCAUAGUGGAGUUAGUUCUCAAACUCUAGAUGUCACUAUGCAAACACAACAAGGGAACAAUAAUAUAGCAAUUGCCAGAGAUGUUUCUACUAUGGAUGAAACAGAAGCUGGUGAAGAAGUUCCUAUGGACGUGGAUGGUGACAUUAGUGAACAUGAAGAAUCUGGGGUUUCUGGAACCGUUACCAGUCAACCACUAGGUGAGAUUGAUAGCAAUGGCAGAGGGGUAGGUGAAGAACAGGCAGGAGAUGGUGAAUCCGACACAGAGCUUGAUCUCUUGGCGGAAGCAGAAACUGAAUCGGAUUCUGAUGACAAUCAUAGCAAUCAAGAUGCAGCAUCUGCACAGCGUAGCGUACAAACUGGUGCUACAGCAGGAUCUGAUGGUGGAAUGGGAUCCAUUUUAUUGUUUCCGGAAGAUGAAUCUGGGGAGUCUAGCCAGCAAGAAGACGACGAAAGUGAAGCAGGAGAAACUGACGAACAGGAUAACGAAGAUUUUCAGAUUGGCGAUGAUCAAUUAGAACGACGAAGUGGUUCAUCAGGCCAUUUACAUCGUAAUAAUCUAGCGCCUGUUUCUAUGCAAUGGGCAAUACGUAAUCGCGAUUCAAGUAUGCGUACAACUGGAUUACGGGUAGCAGGUGGCAGUAAUCUGGUUUUUAUCGAAUCUACAGCUUUAAGACGCACUACUGCAACAUCUGCUGUUGCAGCUGCACAAGAACCCAUAAUUAUGGGUACUAGUACUACUUGUUUGGCACGUGCAUUUGGAAUUGUUAUUCGACAAAUAGCUGAUCUUUUAGUUAUGAUGCAAGAUUAUAAAACGUUAGCACCUACUUUGCCGCGAUUAAUGGAAAUUACUUAUCAAGAUGCAUUAAAUCUACAAGUGUAUCUCGAGGGGCACUUAAAACCAACAUGGGAUUGGCUUCUCACGGUAAUGGAUGCUACAGAAGCACAAUUACGAUUUGGAGUAUCUUUAACCCGUAGUGCAGAUCCCACACAUCCAGAACAUCCACUGAAUAAUGCUUCAUCGUUGUCUGGAGGAAAUUUUUCUGGACUGUUGAAUACAGCGGCUUUGUCAUUGACAUUACAGUCUAAUACAGGUCGGAAUCAACGCAGUGGUAUCGCUACGAGCUCCAAUAUCUCCACUCCACAAGCUUCUACAAGACUCACCGUUGGUUUUGCAGGCGUUGGCGAACCUUCAAGAAACAGUAGAGAACGCGAAGGUGGUGAUAUAUACUUAGCGAGGCGUGAAUUUUUGUCCUAUUGUCUGUCCUUAAUGCGUGCUCAUAAUGCCGAACACAGGGACAGUUUGCCGGUAUUAGAUGUUUCUGCUUUAAGACAUGUAGCUUAUGUUUUUGAUGCAUUAGUAUAUUAUAUGCGUUCACUAUCGGAACCAAUAUCAUCACGAGGAGAGAGCCAGAAAGAAUCAUCGAACUAUUCAAGUUGGAAUGAUCAGGACGAAAAUGAUAAUGAUGAGGGAGAAGAAUAUAGUUCACCUGUUCCUACUGCACUGGAAACAGAUUCUGUCGAUUACCCUGAUUUACUUCAAGUACCUAUUUGUGGAUCAGGGAAUAAUAGUAGCAGUACACCAAAAGGAAGAAAGCAUCCUUUUUUGCAAAGAUCAGACUCUACCUUAUGUCUUGGUUGUCCACCUCUUGAUCCCUUUGACACUGUCCUGAGCGAAGCUUUGCCACUAGCUGAUCAACCACAUUUAUUGCAACCUCAUUCCAAACGGGAAGAUCUUUUCGGUAUACCAAGACAACCAACAUCAAGUACAGGUCCGAAUCAAAAUCCGUUAGAAGGACUACCUACGAGACUUAGUUUAUCUGCACGUGGUGCUGACAAUCAAAAUACCCCUACACCAACAUUUAGCCAAGUUAUUCAAAGAUCUACCUUUGCAUCGUCAGAUGCGAGACGUAGCUCUGUAACAAUUGGAGAUUCGACGUCUACAAAGCAUACGGAAAAGGCAAAAUCGUUCAAUCACACACUUGUCGCAGAGCAAAUCGAUCGAGCACCAAUUAUUGUCUCUACCAAUAAUCAAAUUGACCAAGCAGCAGGAAGUACUAAAACAAAUAAAGAUAUAUGUAAAACAAAUAGAAGUGUCAUUGUUAGAGCUGGAACCGUUGUUUCGGAAUCGAAUUCAAGCAAAGCUGGUGCAUCAGAACUGAUGUCUAUGUCAAGUGAAACAACGCAAAAUAUAACAGAAGAGAUGGAUACAUCCGGUUCGAACAAUGAGACGUCCAUAGCCUAUGAAACGGUUGAGACAAAUCCAGUUUCAUCUAUUGGAACUAAUAUAUCACAUAACAUUUUAUUGGGUCGUUGGAGUUUGUCCCUUGAUCUAUUUGGACGAGUUUUUAUGGAGGAUGUUGGAUUAGAAGCUGGUUCGGUUGUUUCUGAAUUAGGAGGUUUCCAAGUAAAAGAAGCAAAAUUCCGUCGAGAUAUGGAAAAGCUUCGGAAUGCUCAACAAAGAGACAUUAAUUUGUCAAAAGUCGAGCGAGACAGAACACAGCUAUUAGUGCAAACAAUGAAGGAAUUAAAUACACAUUACAAUUUAUAUAACAGGCGUGCUGUUAACGCACCACCAUUAGCAGUGCACCGCGUUAAAGUGACUUUCAAGGACGAACCUGGUGAAGGCACUGGAGUAGCUAGAGGUUUUUAUACCGCAAUUGCAGAGGCAUUGCUUGCAAAUGAAAAACUACCAAAUCUGGAAGCAGCACAAGUCGGAUCAAAAUAUACACAAUAUAAUAACGUUCUUCGGAAGCUAAAAAGUAGAGAUCGUGAUCAUGAUUUAAGACGACAAAAUCCUCGAUCUUCUGGAAAAUGUCGAGAGACACGUAGAGCAUUAUCUUUUGAAGCUCGUGUAUUUCAUCCAUCCAGUUCUGUUGAAGGAAGCAGUAAUUCUGGAGCCGGUAGUUCUUCCUCCAAUUCCCAUCCGUUACCUGUUAGUCACCCAAAUAACGAUCACUUGACCAUACAUCAGCAACAACUCGGAGACAGGCUAUAUCCAAAGGUUUAUGCAUUGCAACCCGCAUUAGCUGCUAAAAUAACUGGUAUGCUGUUAGAGCUGUCCCCUGCACAGCUGUUGAUGUUACUAGCUUCAGAAGAUGCUCUGCGGCAGAAAGUAGAGGAAGCAUUUGAAUUAAUUCGUAGUCAUAGUCAGGAAUCGGCCAGGGAAGCACUCUUGGAUCUCGAUGUAUUCAGUUUGAUCGCACGUUGUGGGGCUAAUAAGAAAAAAAUCGAGAAUAGCAUUUUAGAUGAUACCGAGGAUAAUGCUCCGCUCUUCUAUUCUCCGGGAAAGAGAGGUUUUUACACCCCACGACAAGGAAGAGCCAGUUAUGAACGACUGAACGCAUUUAGAAAUGUGGGCAGACUUAUAGGAUUAUGUCUUUUACAAAAUGAGUUGUGCCCAAUAUUUUUAAAUCGUCACGUAAUAAAGUACAUUUUGGGAAGACCUAUUCGUUUCCAUGAUCUUGCAUUUUUUGAUUCUGUAAUUUAUGAAAGCCUACGACAACUUGUUAUUGAUUCUGAAACUAAGGAUAGUAACAGUCUAUUCUCUGCUCUUGAUCUUACGUUCAGUAUUGAUUUGUGCCCUGAAGAAGGUGGUGGAUCGAUUGAACUUAUUCCAAAUGGACGAGAUAUAGAAGUGACAGCAAGUAAUGUUUACGAUUAUGUACGAAAAUAUGCAGAAGUUCGUAUGAUUAAGGUACAAGAGAAAGCUUUACAUGCCAUGAGAGAGGGAGUGUUCGAUGUAUUACCGGAAGGAGCGCUCGAUGGUUUAACAUCCGAAGAUUUGAGACUUCUUUUAAAUGGAGUCGGUGAUAUUAAUGUUUCCGUUUUGAUAUCGUAUACUUCCUUCAAUGAUGAAUCAGGAGAACCUGCCGAUAGAUUAGCUAAAUUUAAGCGAUGGUUAUGGUCUAUCGUCGAAAAAAUGUCGCAUUCAGAAAGACAAGACUUGGUAUACUUCUGGACAGGGUCUCCAGCACUACCAGCAAGCGAAGAUGGUUUUCAACCAAUGCCGAGUGUGACAUUACGACCUGCAGAUGAUCAUCUACCAACUGCAAAUACAUGUAUUUCCCGACUAUAUCUUCCAUUGUACAGUUCUCGUCACAUAUUAAGACAUAAACUACUACUUGCUAUUCAGACAAAGAAUUUCGGAUUUGUAUGAAUAUAUAGAAUCUUUCUAUAUAUAUAUAUAUAUAUAUAUAAACACGCGCGCGCGCGCAGACACACACACACACACACAC